CCUUCCACCCUGGUGUCCCAUUCACCCAUCUCACUCACUACUCACAGGCCAGUGGAAUAGAGCAAGAAGAGCUAUCAUGAAGCUACUCAACUCAUUCUGCCAUCUUAUCACUUUCCUCUCAUCUAUCACGCUAGCGGUCGAACUUCACGCAGGCGUCCAGCUCAAUGAAAACAACUUCGACUCCCUCACGAAGCAUGGAUUAUGGUUUCUCGAAUUUUACUCGCCAUUCUGUGCAGGCUGCAAACGCUUUGCUCCAACAUGGAUAGAGUUGGCUCAACACAUGAAGGACUACGAAGCAGAGGGGCUGAAGAUGGGCCAGGUGGACUGUAUUGCGCAAGGAGACCUUUGCGUUCAAUUGGGCGUUAGCUCCUACCCAACGAUGAAGCUCUAUGAGGACGGGAAAGAGAAAGACUCCUACACCGGUGAGAAGUCUGUUGAACCGAUUAAAAAGUACUUGGUAGAAAAGCUUGAAGGGUAUCGGAAACCGGCCGGUUCGGAGUCGGGCCAUCACCCGUCACAUUAUGGCGAGUCACACUAUGGCGAGUCCUACCGCACCGCGCCAUCACCCGAGACAUACGCCUCCGAUGAGCCCGUCCCUCAAGCUCAACCGCCUCCCGAAUCCGAGGAUCCUACCCUCCAGCCUGUCCCUCCCACCCCCACUGAUACCCCCCUUGAGCUUCCUAAUCCAAACGGCUGGGUCAUCACCCUCAACGCGGACAAUUGGAAUCAAUACACUGACCCCACCAUCACACCCCACCCAAUUUUCAUCCAGUAUCACACUGCUUGGUGUAAAGAGUGCCGCGAUCUCAUUCCUGUCUGGGAAGAAACCGCACGUCUAUUGAAGGGCGAAGUAAAUGUAGGGGAGAUUGAUUGCGAAGCCAAAUGGAACAAGAAGUUUUGCAAAAGCCAACAUGUCACAAAUUUCCCAACCUUUGCCAUCGUUCAAGAAGGAAAUCGACUCGGCUACACAGGGCGCCGAGAGGCUGUCGAAAUGGCCGAGUAUAUUCGCAAAGCCGUCGCUACCCCGGGCACUCACGAGAUCAGCAUGCGUGAGUUGGAGCACGCAAUUCAAGCCAAGAACAUCUUUUUCCUAUUCCUACACUCGAGCCGAACCCAGGUUUCGAUUCUUAAUGCUGUCCAAACUGUUGGUAAAAGUUUACUGGGUUCAGCGGUGAUCCUCAAGUCGGACCACAAAGAUAUCUACGAACAGUUGGGAUUGUCGAGUUACCAUCCAUACCUGCUCGUGUUCAAAGAAUAUCAGUCGAAGCCAUGGGCCAAGCUAGUUUUGGAAGAGGUGUCACCCAAGGUUGAGCCGAACCCGCUUCUCCGACACCAUAAGCUCACGAUGGACCUCCGCCAUUGGAUCGCUGUCCAAUCGAUUCCGGUGCUUGACGAGCUCGACCAACGAAACUACUUCCGGGUGCUCAACUCUGGCGCCAAGAAGCUCGUUGUCCUUGCCUGUAUCAGCGGGAUCGUUCCCAGUCGCGACGGCAUCAAUCUCGAAAGGUCUAAUCCCAGGUCGGUCGAGCUGAAGGACGAAAUGAAGGAUUGGGCCAUUCAGUGGCGUAAGAGUCAGGAAGCCCGGGGCGUCGAAGACUUGAGCGUCGAUUGGGUCUGGGUUAACAGUGAUGUCUGGGCGGAUUGGCUCGCCCACUCCUAUGGCGUCAACCUGCCCAGGCCUACCGAAGAUCCCAGGGAAUCGAGCAUGAUCAUCAUCGUCGACGCCAAGCACCAUCGUUAUUUCGACAGACAAGAAAACGGGCAAGACAUCGAAUUCAAACCUUCCUCUGUCUUCCAGACCCUAUUGGCAGUUGAGAUGGGCAAACUCUCUGGCAGAUUGGCUGGGACAGUCGUCAGUCGAAUGAAAUGGAAAAUCUUCCACUUCAAAAAUGCAUACGGUCAUCUGUUUGCGCCUCAUUGGUUAUUCUUCUGGGCAGUCUUGUUCGGCAUCAUCGGUUUCUCGUACAAGAGUUACCGAGCCUCGCACGCCCGAGGGGCGAUCAGCUUCAGCCCGAUCUCUCCGCAGAUGUCGAAGGCUUUCAGUUCUGCUGUCGGCCUUGGCUCGCCUGAUAUCAAGUCGCCCGGACUAGGCUCUGUCUUCGGGCUCGCCUCCAACGUCCCCUGCAAGGCUGAUUGAAACCCCCAAUCCCCCCCUCCCCAAAAAUCAGCCUUUUGCCCCGCUGUUAUCAUCAAAUUGUCAUAUUGCUUUUCACAAACUCUCUUUGAUUCAUCAUCCUCGACUAGUUCAUUUCCUUUUUUUUUGUUUCUCAUUUCAUUUGUGAUUUAGUUGAGUAUUUUUUUGUAAACAUUUUUUUCUCUUCCUCCCCUACCCUUUUUUCUUUCUUGUGGAUUGUUGUCAGAAGAAAAAACUAAGAAAAAAAGCAAAAAAAAAACACAAACCCCAUCGAAUUCUUUCAAAGUUGCAAUGUCAUCCUUCUGUUCUUUGAAAGCUCUC